AUGGAAUCCGUGGCCCAAAGUUUGGAGAACAUGAGGCAAAGUCGGAUUGUCAUCGCGACCCCGGCACUGGAAUCUGGCCAGGAAUUCCGGGAGGAAAUUCUGAAAUUAUGUGAAAAAUAUAAAAUGACAAAUGUUCUGCUCAGCCACCUGGGAGCUGCAGAUAACCACGAUUUUAUUCUCCAACCCUAUCCGAAAUAUAAGUGGGCUCAAGUAUCCUUGGAAAUUCCUGGACGCAUCUUUUAUCCCCCCAAUUGGCGGAAUAUGCACAACAAAACCCUGCUUACCCAGCCGGAUGAUUCCCUUCCGAAUUCCUUGGUUUUCCACGAUGACCAUGGUCAGGUCCAGGUCAGUGGAUUUGUGGCAAAUCUAGUGUUUUUCUUUGCGGAAUAUUUCAAUGCCCAUCUGCAAAUGUAUCGUCCGCUGGAAGUCGAUGCGCCAGUGCACUUCACCGAAAUCACGCAAAUGGUCAAGGCCGAACUUCUCGACAUACCCAUGACCUUGGAUGCCGGAGGCAGGGGAAAUUGGUGGCAUAUAACCAAAUUUGUCCUGCUCAACAAAGUGGCCAUAAUGGUACCGCUCUCCUCGCAGCUGAAUGUGGAUGAGGUGUUCCAUUUGCUGUUGGAUCGGCGGUUUUUUGCCAUCAUCUACACGGCCUCGCUGAUCUUCUCCACAAUUCUCUCGCUCAUCGAGUGGAUUUUCAAUAAAAUUCCCUGGAACUGGAAUUUCCUGAUGAGCGAUGAGGUAUAUCCCGGGGUAUUGGGUCAGGCAUUCAAGGAACGUCUCAACCCCAUUGUGGGUCAGCGAUUGAUUUAUUUUUGCAUAGCCCUGAUUGGUCUCAUUUUGAGCACUGAAUUUUCCGCCAAGGUGAACAGUUAUUUUACCUCCGCCCCCUAUCAUCGCCAGCUGGAAAGACUCGAAGAUUUGGCGGAAUCCCCCAUAAAGAUCCUUUUACAUCCCGCCGAUGCCCUCAUCAUGGGCCAGUGGCUCAAGAAAUGGCAUCACAUCGCCGUCAUUGCCCAGAACUCCACGGAUUUCCAGGUGAAUCGUCACAACUUCAACACCUCCUACGGCUAUGUGGUCCAGACACCCCUCUGGGAUAUCUACGAUCAUCGGCAGAAAUAUUUUCGGCGCAAUGUGUUCCACAUUCCGCCGGCCAUGGAUUUGCACGAGCUCAUGGUGUGGGGUAUACCGCUACCGAGGAACUCUCCCUACCGCGAGGCCCUCAAUGCAAUUAUCCAUUUGGUCCAUGAAAGGGGUCUCAUGACGGCCUGGAUAGCCUUCACCUACAAGCAUAUGGUACAGCUUAAACUGGUACCCUUAAAGGAUCCCAAUACCGAGGAGCUCCUGGAAGCUCUGGAUGUGGAGGAUUUGCAUUGGGCUUGGUUACUAAAUGUCAUUGGUUGGUUUGUGAGUGGCGGAAUUUUUUGCAUGGAACUUUUGGUGGAACGCCUUAAGAAAAUGGGAAAGAAAUGA